AAAAAAAAAAAAAAAAAAAAAAGAAUCCACAUCGGGCCGCCAUGUAACCCACCACCACAACCCAAUGAACCCACCGAGGGGAAACAAAAAGACCAAAAUUUCCGAAGCAGAACGCCUCAUCUCCACCAAGGAAGCAUUCUAGAACGGACGGCCCCUCUUAUUUCCACAGGACCCUUGACAUACGCGAUAAGGCGACAUAAAUGGGGCCGUUUGGCUUUUUGCGGCUGUGUUUAGUUUCAGUGCGGUGAGGUGAGAUUGAGGGGUUACAUUUCAGUCCCUUAUCAUAGUGGGGGUUGUAAUGGCAUGGUCACUGUUUGUCUUGCGUUGAUUACCUAGGAACGUGAAGGAUUUUUUCUAGGGUAAUUUUAUACUGGCUUGGUAGGUAUGGUACGGUGUUUUAGCUUUUUGGUUGGUUUGGGGGUGGUACCUACUGUUUAUUAUGUAGUUUGUUAGUGUGACGGCUGUGUUUGGGUUGGCUUUGUGUUGGUGUAUCAGUUUCAUUUCGUUUUUCUUUUGGUUGGUAUAUAAUAAUAAGAUUCAGAGUUGGGUUCUGUUUGUUCGCUACAGAUUAGCGGUUUGCUCAGGAACAAGUCGGACAUUGUUGGUAUGACUUGUGGCAGUGAGGGGUGGGACAAGGGCUUUGGUCUCUUGUCUCUUGUCUCUUGUCCUCUGGGUUCAUGUUUCACCAGCUAACGGUCUUUCUCCUGCUCAAGUGCUUAUGUUGGGUUUCGUAUAGAUUGAUUGUUGCUGUUUUGGAUGUGUUGGUUGUGGUGAUUGAGUACUGUUCCAAUGUUACAUGGUUGGACAUUUUUUUAUUGUUACAGCUGGGGUAUAGAAGGUGCUGGAGACUUUAUAUUUAUCGACAUCGGAGGACAACUAAGGUACUGACAUGAUUGAUUCUUAAAUGGGUAGUGGGGUAGAAGAUGCUGCGGAUAUAUAUUUUGCGGUGUACAUGACAAUUAAAAAAAACAAAACAGGCCCUGGGAUCUGUGUAGAUAGA